GUCCUCACCAUCCUCGCCGGCUGUCUCAAACUGUGGUACACGCAUCAUAAACUUCGCCAAUAUGAGAGAGCUGGUCCUCAACCAAUUAAUCGUGAAAAGAGUAUCAUCCGCAGCUUAAGUAUGCGCAAAGGUCCAAAGAAGCAAAAAGGAAAGCAAAAGAAAAAGUCAGCCAAAGAGGCUAUGGUCCAGAAAAAACGUCUGAUGGACGACGGGCCAAGCAUCCCAUUUGGCAUCCGAGCAAUUGAAAGUGGUAUCGAGGUUGAUGGAGUCUGGAUCUCUCGUAAUAACACACCAGCUCCAAGCAUACGUGAACCCUCCUCAAGUUCCCUGUCGGCCUAUAGGCCCAUUCCACAGCAAAGCCGGCAAGGCUCAUUGACAGAUGUUGCGAUGACUCUGACGAACAAUGGCACCGAGACUUCACCUUUCAAUGCCUCUAUCGCAUCUUCCUCGAGGGAGCCAAGUCAGACACUGUCAGCGGAUCGUUCGAUAUGUGGCGGCAGCAUAGGGAGCAACCCAAAUUUCCUUCCCGAGCCUGUUGCUUCGGCUUCUCGCCGCUACCCUCCACACUCAUACCAGAGAUACGAAGGCAGCAGCUCAAAACACUUCCGCAACGCGCAUACUCUCGAGACCAGAGUUCCCACUGGCAUGCCAACCGAUCCCGCCAGAAUCGUCAGCCAUCAUAGCUCUUCGUCAGGAUCAUCUAGAGGUGGCAGUAAUGGAAGCAACGAACUGCCAGCGUCUUAUCUGGACAUUACAAGACCACCACCCGUCCACUCAAGUGGUAAUCCGGCAUUUGACGACGCUCUUCAGACUCACCGCAUGUCACAAGUUGCCGAGACAGGGCGUUUGGUACCUAGAAGUCGCCGCACCGGUACCUCUGGCGACUGGACUUCGUCACCUUUGGCAGCAGGCGAGGUACACAACUUUUCUCAUCCGCGCUCACAGACACCGCCACGCCCUGGUUCGUCCGGUUCCAACAGCGGACUCAAUCCUUUCACUACCCCCGUGUCAGAGAAACAUCCGGAUGUCGAGAUCCCCGAGCCUAAGACACCCGCCUCGGAAUCCAAAACUCGUCGUGGUUCAAGUGUUUCGUACACACGUCCAGAUCCGACUGUGCUACGCGCGGUGAAUUCAGGCUUUGCUGUACUCAAGCCAGGAACACUGGACGCUGAGGCCGCAGCCAAGGAAUCUGCGCACACUAUAGCAGGUCAACACGCGCGAACACGAUCGUCAAGCAACGAGAGUAACGAGAGACGCCACAGUCGCAAGCUGCAGAAGCGUCGACCCAGCGAUAGCUCUCGGGAGUCGAAGUCGAGCUUCGAUGCUGCGUCUGACCUCGAGCGAGGCGAUGUCAAGUACAGCUUCGACCAACACCCACCUUCAGAUCACGACAUUGAACGUGGCUCGCAAAUCGAAGCAUCCGGUUCCAAGUACAAGUUC